UUUGAGUUCCACACAGGAACCCAGCCUCACAUUGUUUGAUGGCCUCUGACAUUUCCACAGUCACUGGGAGGGUUGAAAGCUUUUUCCGCUCUUUGUUACAAAACCUUUUUUUCCCUCUUCCAAGUUUUAACUUAAAAAAUAUUACAAGGGCAUUCCAGAAGGAAUUCAGUCUGAGCUUCAGGGAGGAGAAUGAGAGGCAGGUGUGGCUGGUUAGGAAAAGCCAUAAUGAUAGUGAAGCUUUUGCUCCUCUGUGUCUCAGUAGAACUGGUGGAGCUGGUCACACAUUCAAGAAAUGGAUACGAAGAUGGCUCUUUCCACAGCUCAAAGCCAUCAGUUUAUGGGAGAUCUACAUAUCUUCAACGGUCCCCCAUAUCACAGGAAGAUUGGGAGAUGGAGAAGCUCAAGGAGGAGACCCCAGACCAUCUUUCAAGCACCAUACCGUCAUAUCAAGAAGAGAGAGAUGAUUCAGAAGCUGGAACCCCACAGUCCAGAAAUGGGCAUUGGUGUUCCUUCAUGAAGUCCCAGCUGGUGACAUACACAGCUGCCUGCAAGAAAGAGAAAUACGUGAUUAAAUCACAGCAGCCUUGUUCAAAUGGAGCCCCAGACUGCCAGAAAAUCAUGUAUAGGGCAACUUUGAAGCCAGUAUAUCGUGUGAAGCAGAAGGUUUUAAACUCUUUGCACUGGAAAUGCUGCCCUGGUUAUAUUGGCGAGAACUGUGAACACCGUGAUCCCAAUUUUGUUCCACUGCCAGCUAAUCAUACAGAAGGACUGGAAGAUGGAGAAGCAUUCUCAAGCAAAAUGUCGACAUCACUGCAGGCAGAAGAAAUUAUGAAAACUAUUCAGCAUCAUAAGGGACUUCUGGAAGAUCUUCAGAAUGAUAUUCAUCAGUCAGCCGGAGAUUUACAGAAUCUACUUGAAAACAACAUUACCACCAUGACGUCAAAACUGAACCUGAAUAAAUCUGAACUGCCUGAAAGGCUCCUUCAGCAAAUGUUGUUUCCCCAUGUGGAGAGUUUCCUGAGGGAACAUUUUAACCCAAUGUGGGCAAGCUUCAAUAAAAGCUUACAGAACCUCUCCAGCAUGGUAAGAAACUUGUCCAAGGAUGUGGAGGCCAACAAAAAAAGCAUAGAGAAAUUCCAAGAAAGCACCGUGCCCAAGAAGGAAUUCCAGGAGCUAGGAACUAAGUUUGAAUCGAAAGUUCAAGAAAAUGUAGUGAGAGUGGACCAGCUGAAAAGGGAAAUAGGCAAUCAUCUACACAUGCAGCAGACUAUCAUUCACUAUAAUCUCACCAUGAUCAAGGCAGAUACUGAUAUGAAGCUCAAGAGGUAUCAUAAGAUACAGCAGUCCCAUUUAUUAGCUUUGAAUAGUAGCAUGACAGACAUGAAACAAGAACAAGAAAACCUUGAAGAUGAACUUGAGACUUUGAACAGAAACUUAACAGGACUCUCUUUAUAUUGUGGCAACAAAGAUGAAGCUACCUGGCUAUCCAUCAGGCAACUCAAUGAGACCCUGAUAGGGCAUGCAAAGCAGCUUAAAGAACUGUACAUGGAGUCAGAUGUGGCCUUUGAGGAUAUUACUGUUUUAGAUAAAUGGGUUAAGGAUUUAAAAGCCAAGUCAAAGCAUGAAUCAGAGGAGUUCAGAGUAGCCUUAAUGGAGAAAUCACUUAUUAUUGAAGAGAACAAAGAAUCUCUGCAAAGGCAAAUAUUGGAGCUGAACUAUACCCUCUCAAAUCUUCAAGAAAGCCACUGGGAUCUAUUGAAGUACAUGAGAGAGUGCAAUUGUGAGAAAAUAUCUUCUGACAUUGACAUACUGGAAGAAGAUCAAAAGAAUAUCACCCAUUCCCUAGAGAAUAUCCAGCUAAACUUAAAGGAAGUGCAACACCUAGAGACGUCUUCCAAGGAUCUCUUGAGGAGUGAAAUCAAAGAGCUGUCCACGGCUAUUCAUUCUAUCCAUCAGUCUCUUGGUUAUCAACAAGAGCAAAGCAGACAACUGAUGGACAGCAUGUCUCAUCUUAAAUCACAGAUUAAGAUUUUGUCAGAAGAUAUUGGCUUCCUGAAGAAGAAAGAUGAGGAAAUUCACGGCCACAUCAAGUAUCUCAAUAGCUCUUUCAAUUCUCUUUUGGAAGAUGCAAUGCGGCAUGAAACAGCACUAGAGGCCUUGUUGGGAGCAGAAAUUAUGGAGGUCUUGUCUGAAGAAAACCCUAACACCUUAAUAUCAUCAGUAGCUCAACUGCAAGAAGCUCUCAGAGACACCUCAGAUAAACUCAAAGAGCAAAAUGUGACUUUAGAAUCCCUUACAAAAAGAUUUAAUUUUCUGGAGAGGGGUCGUGAGAGUAACCAUGAUGUUCAGAAUGUCCCUAAACAUCCCGAACAUAAAAAGCAAACAAAACACACUCUGGAGGAAGUCAGGAGCCCACACAGCAAUGUAGAACAUAUGGAGCCUAACCAUGAGGCUUCCAGGGAUGACAUUGUGGAUAAUCCAGCAUAUAAUGAUAUCAUGACUCUAAAAAAAGAGAUCAAACAUCUAAGUAUGGACAUUAAGAGGCAUCAGUCAUGGAGGGACGAUAACAAUAACUGCUGCAAUCAUACUGUAGUAAAUCUAGUGGAACCACUCAGCAUUUCAGUGGAGAUUCUGAGGGCAGGUUUAGCAACCACCAAACAGAGUUUUGAUGACCAUCUACAGAUUUUUCAAAAACUGUUUGGAAGGAGUGAAGAAUUAGUUGCCUCAAACAUAAGUCUGGACAUUACAAAGAUUCAGUCAAUGAUGACCAAAAAGAUGAGGAGGCAGCAAAAAGGUCAUGAGAAGCAAAAAAGGAGAGACAAGAAACAAGAAACUGCUGAGAACAGAGAACACAUGCAAACUAUAAAUGGAAGAAAUAAACUAGUGGCUGAGCUUUUGGAAAAAGAUUCAUCAGUGGCAUUCUACGUUGGAUUCUCCGAAGAAUGGGAUGAAAUAAAAGCAUUGAGAUUUAAUGAAACAUAUCUUAAUUAUGGUAACAGCUAUUUCCCUGAACAGGGCUACUUCAAAGCACCUCAAAAUGGUGUCUACAUGUUUGUCAUCAAUGUGAAGUUUAGUGCAGGACCCGCACUAGGCCAGCUGGUUUUUAGCCGUGGGAACAGAAUGACUCUGUCAAGUAGUCAGGAGACAACUGGAAGCUCUGAGACCACUUUUGCUAUGGCAGAGCUGAAGAAGGAGGAGAGAGUGUGGUUUGAACUGCUGCAGGGCUCUAUAGUGAAACGUAGCCCACCUGGAACAACCAUGGGUGGAUUUCUAAUAUUUAAAACUUGAAGUGUGCCAUUGUUCAUUAGUCAACAUUUUUCCACAGAUACAAUGGACCAUCAAUUACUGCCUGAUCUGUGAUUUGUGUGCAUGUAAAUUCUGUUGCGUGUGUUUAACAUAGCACUCUUAGAUUUACCAUCAUGUUCCUUUCUAGACAUAUUUGGUUUUUGAUUACUUAAAGCAUCACAUAGAAUUCAGAGAAAUGGGAUUUUAUUAAGUUUCUUCUGUGUGAUAAAUGUCUCAUGCACUAUCUCCCCUCACAGACAGGGGCCACCUCCUCCCUCCCCACUGAAUAACCUCCCAGUGGCAGCUCUAGCAAUUAAUUAGAUUGAAAAGCCAUAUUAAUAAAGAACAUUUGCUUUAGCUAUUUUUGAUGCAGUUUAACAUCUGUAGAUGACAAGCCCAAAACAUCUAGCCUGCCUGCUCUCUGCAGACCACUAGUGACCCCAGACGAUAGUUUGGAAACCACCGAACCCAAUUCAGCAAAGUGCUUAAGCAUACACUUAACUUUAAGAAUGUGAAGAGUCCCAAUUAAUGCAAUGGGAUGCCUCCUGUGCUUCAAGUUACACACGCAAGUAAAUCUUUACAGCCUUAGAUACGCACUGCUGUCUCAGUUUUCUAGGCACUUGGUCAUGAUCUAACUGAAUUGUAAAGCUAAUUUUAAUGUGAUGCUAUCAAACUGAUAUAGGCCCAAAUUUCUGUUUUAGGGGAAAAAACAGGUUAAGUGAUAUACUGACAGUAAUAAAAUGUCAACGAAACAUUUUUUUUAAAUUUAAAA